AUGCUCUUUUUAUUAUACAUUAUUAUAAGUUCAGUAAUAAGCGGACUUCAUUCGCUGUCGCUUGUAAAUAAUGUUUCUGUUUCAAGCGAUGUGUUCAGUCAAGUGUUUUUUGAAGAAAUCCGAAAUAAUCCAAAUAAAGUUUACACUUCCGGUAAUGAUUUCGGGCAAUAUAAUUCAGAAAAGUGUCUCUCAAGUUUACGUGAAAUAGUUAAAAACAGUUCUAGUCUUCAAGUUGCUCGAUUAUUCGAUGCAUGGGGUAGUAUACCGUCAGGCGUAUUAACCGGAAAUCUGCAUGAUCUUGGCAAUUAUGAUCAAUGUGUUAAAUCUUCUAUGUCCUUCGCCGAUCCUACUUAUAUUAUAAGGCAACAAUAUUGCUUUGUUAAAUUACCUCUCGAAAAUCCUACUCUAGCAAUAAGAAUCGCAAUAUGCAUUCCAAAUACUUGUAGUCCAGAUUUAAUAGCAUCAAUAUUCAAGGAAUCGACUAGAACAACUUUAGGCCCAGCUUUUUCUAAUAUAUCAGUUGAACUUUGUUCAGAUGGAAAUGUUGGACCAUUGACAACAACAAAUAUUGCUGGAAUAUCUGUUUUUGUUGUUUUGACAGCUUUAGUAAUCUUAAGUUCAGCUUACGACAUCUAUGUGAGCUACUACCAAAAAAAGCCAAACCCCAUUCUUAUUGCCUUUUCAAUGCUGACAAACGGAAAAAGGCUAUUUGCAAUCAGCACGAAGCGAUCUCAAAACAAUAUUGAUUGUCUCACUGGAAUUCGAGCUAUAGCGACUUUGUGGAUUAUAAUGCAUCACACUUUUAUUCACGCUAUAAAUGCUGCCGUCAUAAACUCAUUCGACCUAAAAGCUUGGUACUUCAGUUUGGAGUACAUGCCGGUUUACAAUGGAAGCAUGACAGUGGAUUCGUUCAUGGGUGGCCUGCUGGUAGCUUGGGUUGGAUUCAAGGAAUUGGAUAAAACAAAUGGAAAAAUCAACUUCAUAAUGAACAUUGUCCAUCGUUAUAUCCGUUUGACACCUAUUCUUGCAGCUGGUCUGAUCUUAGCUUAUAGUGUGAAUAGCAUAAUUUACACCGGUCCACUCAAGGAAACAUUUGUGACAAUGCGCAACCAAUGACGGCCAAAGUUGGUGGCCAAUUCUUCUCUACGUUCAAAACUAUGUUCGAGAUCCAAACUUGCUUUAUGAUGCAUGCUAUGCCGAAGCUUGGUAUUUGGCUAUUGACUUUCAACUCUAUGCUAUUUCGCCGCUGAUCUUGUUAGCAAUGUGGAAAUGGGGAAAGAAAUUUGUGCCAGUUUUAGUGGCAUUGGGUUUGGCAUCGAUUGGAUGGGUUAUUGGUGUAUUUAUUUUGGGACAAUUUACAGGACUCACAUUGGGGGCUAAUGUUCAUGAAUGGAAGAGAGUUUACACUCAAACUCACACUAGAUUCGCACCUUGGCUUAUGGGUCUUGGUUUUGGAUAUUUUAUGCACAAAAAUUGUCAAUCACAGUUCAAAAUUUCAAAAGUAAGUUCUUCUAUAAAGUAUCGAUCGCUUUAUGAAAUAUAGCUUAAAAUAUUUCGCACUAUUGGAAACAUCGUGAAAAGAUAUAAUCACUCUUGAAUGUAACAAGAAAGCUUAACACCUGGAAGUAUGCAAAAACAUCAGCUACCUUUAUUUAAUUAUCAUAUUUAAGUUUUUUACAGCCUAUUAAAACAAUGUUAACGACUUUUCACAAACGCAACAUGCCGAUACUAAUACUUACUACAUAUCUUCUUUUUAGAAUGUGCAGAUCAUUUGUUGGUGUGGUAGUUUAU